AUGAGAAUUCAGGGCCCGGGUCACCUGACAGCCCUGCACCGAGCUGCCAUGGUGGGGAACAGUGACACCAUGGCUGCUCUGAUUCAGGGAUGCUGUGCUGUGGACCUGCAGGGCAGAGACGGCAACACUGCGCUGCAUGAGGUGUCUUGGCACGGAUUCUCUCACUGUGUCAAACUGCUGGUCAACUCCGGAGCUGAUGUACACGUCAAGAACAAGGCAGGAAACACAGCCCUCCACCUGGCCUGUCAGAACGCACAUGCUCAGACUGCUCGCCUCCUGCUGCUGGGAGGAUCCACACCAGACACCAAGAACGAUAUGGGUGACAGCUGUUUACAUGUGGCUGCUCGCUAUGACAACCUGACCCUGGUAAAGAUGCUGCUGGGUUCUCUGUGCUCCGUGACAGUGAGGAACCAGGCCGGAGACACAGCGCUCCAUGUGGCGGCUGCUCUGAACCAUAAGAAGACCGUCCGGCUCUUAUUGGAGGCGGGGCCUGAUGGGACGAUCAGAAACAAUGCAGGUAAAACAGCCCUCGACAAGGCCAGAGACAACAACCACAAAGACAUGGCUCAUCUCCUGGCCAGAGCUCCACAGGUACAUCGCUUCAUGCGAGGAAGAACAAUCAGGAAACAAAGAGAACGACUGACAGCUGAGUGCAGGACGCAGGCUGUCACCAGAGUAGAAUCUCUUCAAAACAAAGACAGCAGUGCCGUGGUGGUGGAGGACACGCCCACUAGUGAACGGAUGGAGAGCAGAACUGCCCCCAAGGGGGGUCAUGGUCUCCAGCAGCAGCAGCAAAGGCAGCGGGAGUAUUGCAACAAGAGCCCCGCCGCCAUCAGCAGCCCAUACAGCCGGCGGAAGAAGAGGAGGGUCAAGGAGCAGGCUGUGAAUGAAAAUGAGAAAAGAAAAGGCGAGAAAGACUUCAAGCAGAAGAAGAAUCAGCUCUGGGAAGAUGGUGAAGAUUGUGUUCAGGAUGGAAAAACCUAUCAGCUUUACACACUGUACCGCGACAAGGAGGGCAACAUUAGACAGGCACCGGCCAACGGGUGCCUCUGUAAGCCCCUGCUCAAGAAGCUGGAGGGCCAGCUGAAGGCCACGCAGGAGGAGAUGAGGCUGCACAUCCUGAACGUGCAGGAGCAGGUCCACAGCAGACUGGGCAGAAUGGACCACAGGAACAGACACCAGAUUAAAGCGUUGGACAUCCUGAAUCAGGAAACAGCCGCAGCAGAGAGGAAGUUCACGGUUUACAAGAUGGAGCAGAGAGCUGCCCGGGAGAGAGAGGAAGCCCAGCUGACACAGGCAGCAGUGAGUCGUGAACUGAAGAGGUGGUGCGUGUCCCAGUUAAAGGACAGGGACGUCCACAUCCCGGCCAAAGCCCGCUAUUACAAACUCCUCCCCUCACAGUCUGUGGAGCAGUCCGUGGCAGAGGUCGACCUGGAGUCCCUCCCCCUGCUGUCCGUGGUGUCCGGAGACAGCAGCACCUCACUGGAUACCUACGUCAACGUCCUACCGUGCAAAUCCACCCACAGUCUGGGGGGCCCAGAGCAGGAGCAGACGGGGGGCCGGACAUACUUAGAAAUGAAAGUGGACAGGUCACCAGACGACUAUGAGAACACAACCCUGUUUCCUAUGCCUGCCAAGCACACCUCAGACCUCCUGUUGGGCUCUGUGGACCCCCUCUGGCAGCCUGCGGGAGUGCAGGACUGUCCUAUUGGAGCAGUGAAACCCCAAUGUGGGGCGGGCUUCUCAAGCAGCAGCAGCCAGUGCAGCAUCAGCGCCCAGCAACCCAGACUGAUACAACAUCAGGACCAAUGCUGUGACAGGCCAGACAGGAAACGCUUUGGAGAGCUCAUGAGUGCAUGCAGGCAUGUCGGCAUUCACACUGAGGGCACCAGAACACUGGAGUUCUUCAUCGACCGUCCCGCUGAGCCCUCGUUCAGCCAGGAGAGGAACAAUCAGCACGCCGUGGAGGUGACUCAGCGUUUCUUUGACUCGGUGUCGACUCAGUUGGAACGUUGGUACGAGAGGAAGAUGUCGGAGGUGGAGCAGCAGACGGAGCUGAGAGCCCAGCAGGACAAGAAGGAGCUGCUGCAGCAAAUCGGCACGCUGGAGGAGGAGCUUCACAAGCUGAAGACCAAUGAGGAUGCAGAAAGCCGACAGUGA